AGGCGAGGUGAGGACGCCCCGGUUUUCGAAGUGGGCUCAUCAAGUUUGGGAUAUGAUGAAGAUAAAAGAGGUCCAGGAAUAGCUGCAAAGGAGAAAGAUGUCCUUGUAUGAAUGAGUAUAUUUCUGACGUUUUUAGCGUUACUAUUACUACAUAUAUAACGGGAUCGACACUGAUCAUAUCGCACCAAUGGAAGGAGCCUGGAUGGAACAUAUGAAGUCAAUGCUUCGCCCCAGUGUCCGGGAGAACGCGGAUGCAGCGCUGCUUGAAAAACUGGAGGAUGAGAUCAGUGAAGACUAUCUGUUCAGCGUCAAGAAGGCGAUUGUGGAUUUCGUUCUUUUGGAAUCUGCCGACAAGGCUGUAUCACAGGCGGCAAUACAGAAGGCCUGCGACUUGGCCGACGAUGAGUGCAAACCCCCCGAACACCGCAAAGAAUUGCAAGUCGUACCGAAACCCUGGCAUGCCUCAUUUGAUGCCUCGUUGCGCUUCUGCCAACGCCAUCUGUUUACCACAAACGCAUGCAUGCUACAAGUACUCGACUUGUGGCACACCAGUUUUGCUGAUCUGCGUCUGAUUGACAUUCAGGAACUAUACACAAAGCCAACGGCUAUUGACCUCACAACAUUCCAGCAAAUUUGUAACAAACACAUCGAGGCAGCCAAGGAGCGGCUUUUGAAGAAAUGGCUUAACGAGGUUCAAAACAUAUUUUAUCAAGGAAACAAGAAGAAGCUUAUACCACCAAAUGAUGGUUCCGGAAAACUCGAGGCAUUCUAUCGAUGUGCAGCGACGCUCAUGACUGAAAAUUUACAGAAUCUGGGCCUUAACUCAAUGCUGGACUACAAAAACCUCGUGUGUCAUCCUCCGCGUCUCAUCGAAAGAAUUCAUCCUGAAAGGCAGUACCAAGGGCACAUCAUGUUCAACAAGAGAUUUGACACUUCCUUCGGCCAUGAGAUGCCCGGAUUCAUAAUUCGCUUGCUUUUGGAUGAGUCAACCAUUCGGUUUGAACCGUCAAUACAAGAGUUCGAGACCGUGCUCCUAAGCAUGUUUGACAACAUGCACAAAGUGAUUCAAAGUAUCCCAAGAAUCGAAACAAGGUUGUAUUCAGAGUGGCAAGCUGACGAUAAUGCAACCCUCCAUCCAGUGAUACUUAGCGAAAUCCUGGACGAAUAUAAAGCAAGUGUGAAGAAGAUGCUGAAAUGGGAAGCCAAAGGUCCAGAAUCACAUACGCGCGAAUAUGACAAGUAUCAAUUUUUGGUGAACAGACAGGCUGAAAGAGAUGUCGAAGCACUGCUUUCCCCUAAAGUUCCUGAAAAGAUUGAACCGGUCAAACCCAUCUCAGAAGAAGACGAAGAAUCCCUCGAUAGUAUGGAAGAAGUUGGAAUGCCGGUUCGAAAGGAUGAAGAAGAGAUACCAGAAGGUCCAAGUUUUGACGAUCUGGCUCGCGAGCUGACCAAGUACACACGACUGAUGAAACGCAUACAGUAUGAGUCAAGAAGAGUCAUCAAACUGGGUCUCUUUGAAAUUCACUGUGAUGACUUGAUACGGGCACUGGCAAAACGUGCUGAAGCCAUUGGAGAUAGAAUACUUGAUCGUAUUAUGGAGGAUCAUCGAACCAUUAAUAGACAACUGAUCACGGAAUACGAGGCGAUCGCGUCCAAAGCACUUACUAUACCAACCGAUAUUACACAUAUGAUGCAACUCACCGAAUUCGUCAAUCAUACUGAGAAGGUGACAAUGCAUGAUUUGGAGCGUAAAUUGGACCAGUCCAGAGACCGUCUGUUGUUCCUGAUGGAUCACGCCCAGCUGAACCCAUCCGAUAUGCGCAUCAACAGUCAAGUCUUUGAGUGGCACAUGCGAAUGGAAGAUGUAUUUGAAGAGAAUCGCCGAACCGCUCAAAUCAAACGCGAAGAGUUUGAAAUUGGGUUGCGAUACAGAAGAGAACGCUUCCUGGAAGAGUUGGAGGCGUACCGACGACAAGUUGACGAAUUCCAAGGUCUAGGUGAUUUGAAUGAGAUCAACCGGUACUUGAAGAAGGCACAAGCGCUGGAUGUAAAGCUUGAACAAGCAGCCCUGAAAAUAGAAGGUUUCAAUACGGAUGAAGAGGCACUUAAGUGGGACACGACAUCCUACCCACUGCGGGCUGAGAUUCAAAGUGCACUUAGGCCAUUUUUGAGGCUGUACGAGACAGCGGUGGAAUUCAACACAAAGUACAGGGAUUGGAUGGACGGGCCGAUGGACAAAGUUGACCCCGAGCAGGUGGAAUUAGAGGUAUCCAACCAGUACAGAACACUAUAUAAACUUGAAAAGUCAUUCGACACUCUCCCGGCACCACGUAAAAUCGCUGCGAAAGUACGCAGCAAGGUGGAAGAAUUCAAAGAACACUUACCACUUAUACGAACGUUGUUCAACCCCGGUUUACGGGACCGUCACUGGGCUCAAAUUUCCGAAGUGGUUGGUUACACGUUACGUAAUGAAGAGGGCAUGUGUUUGGCCAAGUUGGUGGAUAUGAAUCUGGAACCGCACAUUCCCAAAUUCGAUGCGAUUUCCGAGGCCGCCACAAAAGAACAUAGCUUGGAGAAAGCAUUGGACAAGAUGCGCAAAGAAUGGGCUCCACUCGAAUUCAGCUUGAUUCCUUACCGCGACAGUGGCACCGUCAUUCUUUCCUCUGUGGAUGACAUCCAGGUUCUGCUUGACGACCACAUCGUAAAGGCCCAGACAAUGCGUGGUUCACCAUUUAUCAAGCCUUUUGAAACCGAGAUUCGCGAAUGGGAGGCAAAGUUGAUUUUGACGCAAGAUAUCCUAGAUGAAUGGAUGAAGGUCCAAGCGACGUGGCUCUAUUUAGAACCGAUUUUCAGUUCCCCUGAUAUCAUGGCGCAGAUGCCGGAUGAGAGUCGUAAGUUUACGACUGUGGACAAAACAUGGAAGGAAUUGAUGAAACAAGCCAAUCUGGAUCGUCACAUCAUGACCGUGAUUACAAUAGAUAAAAUGUUGGACAAGUUUAAGAAAUCCAACGAUCUACUUGAGGCCAUUCUCAAAGGACUGAAUGCCUAUCUGGAAAAAAAGCGUCUCUAUUUUCCGCGUUUCUUCUUCCUGUCCAACGACGAAUUGUUGGAAAUUUUAUCCGAGACCAAAGACCCUACGCGUGUUCAACCGCAUCUGAAAAAGUGUUUUGAAGGAAUCGCUUCACUUACAUUCACCAAAAAUCUGGAUAUUACCCAUAUCAAGAGCAGUGAGAACGAGAUUGUCGAACUGAAAGAUGUGAUUUCGACCUCCAAAGCACGUGGAGCAGUAGAGAAGUGGCUUCUUGAACUAGAAGAUGAUAUGAUCACCUCGGUUCAUCUGACCAUUUCCAACGCACUCGAAGACUAUUUGCAGUCGCCUCGCAGAGAAUGGGUGAAAACAUGGUGUGGACAAGCUGUCUUGGCCGGCUCAAUGUACUUUUGGACGCUUGAAACGGAGAAGGCUAUUAGUGAAGGAGUCGUUUCCAUGCAAGACUAUCUCAGGCUGAACAAUCAACAAAUCGAGGAGAUUGUCGCCAUGGUUCGUGGGAAACUAUCCAAACAGAAUCGGACUACACUGCAAGCCCUGAUCGUGCUUGAUGUACAUGCUCGUGACGUUCUGGCUGAGCUGAUUCAGGUCAAGUGCCAAUCGAACACGGAGUUCUCGUGGCUCAGUCAAUUACGUUACUACUGGGAAGAGAAAAAACUCGUAACCAGAAUGAUUAAUUCCCAGUUAAACUAUGGUUACGAAUACCUGGGCAAUACGGGACGAUUGGUGAUCACUCCACUGACCGAUCGGUGCUAUCGCACUCUCUUCGGAGCUCUUCACCUUCACUUGGGUGGUGCCCCGGAGGGUCCAGCUGGUACGGGAAAAACCGAAACCACAAAAGAUUUGGCGAAGGCUGUGGCCAAACAAUGCGUGGUCUUCAACUGUUCCGAUGGUCUGGAUUACAUUGCCCUGGGGAAAUUCUUCAAGGGGCUUGCAUCAUGUGGGGCUUGGUCCUGCUUUGACGAAUUCAAUCGCAUCGACCUUGAAGUCUUGUCGGUUGUUGCCCAACAAAUUCUGACGAUUCAACGAGCUAUCAAUGCGAAACAAGCUCGCCUGGUAUUCGAAGGCACGGAUAUCAAGCUGGAUCCAACCUGUGCGGUGUUCAUUACCAUGAAUCCCGGUUACGCUGGACGUUCUGAAUUACCUGACAAUCUGAAGGCACUGUUCCGUGCAGUCGCUAUGAUGGUACCGGAUUACGCAAUGAUUGCGGAGAUUUCACUUUACUCUUGUGGAUUUGUCAAUGCUCGUCCGCUGGCCGUCAAAAUUGUGGCCACUUAUCGACUGUGCUCGGAGCAGCUCUCCAGCCAGGCCCAUUAUGAUUAUGGUAUGCGUGCGGUCAAAUCUGUGCUGACAGCUGCCGGGAACCUCAAGCUCAAAUAUCCUAACGAGGAUGAAGAUGUCCUCAUGCUCCGAUCCAUCAUUGACGUCAAUUUGCCCAAGUUUCUCAACCAUGAUCUGCCUUUGUUCAAUGGGAUCGCAUCGGAUUUGUUCCCCGGGGUUGAGCGACCCUCACCAGACUAUGAAAUCUUAAACAACGCUAUAAAGAAUAAUUGUGAAAAGACCAACAUGCAGAAUACCGAUUUCUUCGUGGAGAAAAUACAACAGAUCUAUGAAAUGAUGAUUGUUCGUCAUGGAUUCAUGAUUGUCGGCGAUCCUUUUGGUGGCAAGACCAGUGCCUAUCGAAUGCUGGCACUGGCAUUGGCGGAAAUAUGUGAACAGGGCUUGAUGGAGGAAAACAAAGUUCAGUACACUGUGAUUAACCCGAAAGCAAUCACAAUGGGACAGCUUUAUGGCCAGUUUGAUCCGGUUUCUCACGAAUGGUCAGACGGUAUCCUUGCCGUGUCAUACCGGGCCUUCGCCACAUCAACCACACCGGAUCGAAAGUGGCUCAUCUUUGACGGUCCGGUGGACGCUGUCUGGAUUGAAAACAUGAACACAGUGUUGGAUGAUAACAAGAAACUAUGUCUCAUGUCAGGUGAAAUUAUUCAGCUCGCUCCAACCACCAAUUUGAUUUUUGAACCAAUGGAUCUGGAAGCAGCCUCACCAGCAACCGUCUCGCGUUGCGGGAUGAUCUACAUGGAACCGGCUAGUCUCGGUUGGCGGCCGCUGUUCCGCAGUUGGCUGAACAAACUUCCUCCUGGGAUCCAGAAUCCACAAAAACAAGUUUUGGAGGAUAUGUUCGAACGAUUUGUGGAUGCCGGAAUUGCUAUGGUUCGUAAGGGCGGUGGCAAGGAACUCUCACCAACGGGUGAUAUCAACUUGGUCAAAUCGUUGAUGAAUUUGAUUGACUGUCACAUGUCAGAGUUUAAGGAUGCAAAUGUGUUGGAACAGUUCGAUCUAUUGGUGGCAAACAGCGUGGUGGAGUGUAUCUUCCUAUUCUCCUACGUAUGGUCCAUCGGGGCCACUACGGAUGAAAAUGGUCGAAAGUACUUUGACAAGCUGACUCGUGAACUGAUGAAUGGCGGCAUGAUGGAAGAGACGAGACAACGACUCGCCCUGUUGGAACUGGUACCGCCACCGUUGCAAGAUUAUGGCAAACCAUUCCCAAUCAAACGAUCUGUGUAUGAUUAUCGCCUUGUGAUUGAUGGCCCUGUCAAAUGGGAACUGUGGAAGGACACCAUCAGACAUGCACCACCAAUCCCGAAAGAUGCGACAUUCCACGAGAUUAUCGUACCCACAGUGGAAACGGUUCGUUGCUGCCGACUUCUAGAACUCUUUCUGAUUAACGGGAAGCCAGCCUUAUUUGUCGGACCGACCGGAACCGGGAAGUCGUGCUAUAUCAUGGACUUUCUGUUGAACAAACUGCCAAAAGACAUUUACAGACCGAACAACCUGAACUUCUCAGCACAAACUAGUGCAAACCAGACUCAGAAUAUUAUCAUGUCUAAACUGGAUCGACGGCGCAAAGGUGUAUUUGGUCCUCCGAUGGGAAAGAAGCUGAUCGUUUUCGUGGAUGACUUGAAUAUGCCUGUUCGGGAGGUGUACGGCGCACAACCACCAAUCGAGUUGCUUCGUCAAUGGUUGGAUCACUGGAACUGGUAUGAUCUAAAAACUAACGAUCCUAUCAAGCUGGUAGAUCUCUUGUUCAUCGGUGCAAUGGGGCCACCUGGCGGCGGUCGAAAUCCCGUAACCCCUCGUUUCCUACGUCACCUGAACACUGUCACGGUGAACGAGUUCGAAGAUGACAUGAUGAGAACCAUAUUCAUGCGUAUAAUGGAUUGGCAUAUGCAAGUGAAGAGGAGUGUCACGCAAUGUGUCGAUGAAAAAGAACAUUUUGUGACAUUGUCGAAGUGCAUACAACCUGCAACUACCGAUAGACCCAGCAUUUUGUGUGCCUUAUCCAUGCAACAUUUGGAUGCAAAGGUCUUUCUUGCGGAUUACUUGAAGAUACCCAAUCAGCUCGUCUCUGCCACACUGGCCGUUCACAAGGGCGCGAUGCAGAACCUACUUCCAACUCCAGCCAAAUCGCACUAUCUGUUCAAUCUGCGUGAUUUCAGCCGCGUGAUUCAAGGUGUUCUACUUUCGCUACCCGAUACAAUGGAUACACUUUCUCUGAAACGUCUGUGGGUUCACGAAGCGUUUCGUGUCUACUACGAUCGUCUGGUUGAUGAUGCAGACCGCAAGUGGUUGUUUGAAUUCAUUAAAGACUGUGUUAGAAACCAACUGGAGGCCAAUUUUGAAAUGCUGUUCGGGCAUUUAUCUCGUGGUACCGAGGAGGACACAAUCUAUGUUCCCAUACCCACAGUCGUACCUUCAACUAGCCUUCCUCCCGUGUUUUCCUGCCAGAUCACCGAAGACGAUCUACGUUCCCUCAUGUUCUGUGACUUUUCCGACCCAAAAGGUGGUCGAAACUAUGUUGAGGUACGCGACAUUGAACGUCUACGAAAAGUGGCCGAAAGUUAUCUGGAGGAAUACAAUCAGUUGAGCAAAAAGCCAAUGAACCUGGUGCUUUUCCGUUUCGCUAUCGAGCAUGUCUGUCGAAUCUCGCGUAUUCUGAAGCAGCCUCGUUCCCAUGCUUUGCUGGUCGGAAUCGGUGGCUCCGGUCGCCAGUCUCUCACAAGACUGGCUGCACAUAUGAGCGAUUUCGACUUGUUUCAGGUAGAAAUAUCCAAAAGCUACGGGAUGACCGAGUGGCGUGAGGACCUGAAACGGAUUCUUCGCAAGGCCAGCGAAACAGACAAUCAUGCCGUAUUCCUGUUUGCCGAUUCCCAAAUCAAAAGUGAAAGUUUCUUGGAGGACAUCAAUAAUUUGUUGAAUGCGGGCGAAGUGCCAAACCUCUAUCCACCAGAUGAAAAGAUGGAGGUGUGUGAAAAGAUGCGCCAGCUGGACAGAGCACGUGAACGGAGCAAACAGACGGACGGGUCACCAGUGGCACUGUUCAACUAUUUCAUUCAACGAGUCCGCGAACAACUGCAUAUUGUGCUUGCCCUCAGUCCAAUCGGAGAUUCCUUCCGAAAUCGGCUGAGGAAGUUCCCCUCGUUGGUUAAUUGUUGUACAAUCGACUGGUUCCAGGUCUGGCCAGAAGACGCUCUGACUGCAGUGGCAACUCGAUCACUCAAGGAGGUUGACAUGAGUGACGAGGUGCGUGAGGGUUGCAUUGAACUAUGCAAAUAUUUCCACACAAGCACCAGAGAUCUAUCGGUGCGCUACUUGCUCGAGUUGGAAAGACACAACUAUGUGACUCCGACAUCGUACCUGGAAUUGAUCACUACAUUCAUGACACUAUUGGAGAAGAAACGAACUGAGGUCCUUCUCCAGAAAAGUCGAUACGAAGUAGGAUUGGAGAAGCUGAGCAGCGCAGCUGAGGAGAUAGCAGUCAUGUCACAAGAAUUGCAAUCGCUCCAACCGAAGUUGCUUCAGGCUAGUAAAGAAGUGGACGCUGUCAUGGUGGUGGUCGAACAACAGAGUGCAGAGGCAACGAAACAGGAGAAAGUGGUUCGAGUGGACGAAGCGAUUGCCGGUGAGCAGGCUCGUGCAGCCGAAGCUAUUAAGGAGGAGUGCGACGCGGACUUGGCCGAGGCAAUUCCUAUUCUGGAAAUAGCCUUGAAAGCACUGGAAACGCUCACACCAGCGGGUAUCAAACCAGACAGAAUAAAUGACCCACCCGGCUCUGGGAAAAAGAUUGAAGACUAUUGGGGUCCUUCAAAAAGACUACUUGGCGAUAUGAAGUUUUUGGAAAAUCUGAAGGCAUUUGAUAAGGACAACAUACCAGCCUCAAUUAUGAAAGUGAUUCGUGAGCGCUAUAUUCCUAACCCCGAUUUCAAGCCUGAACGUGUUGCUGUUGCUUCCACGGCUUGUGAAGGUUUGUGCAAAUGGGUUAUUGCUAUUGAUCGGUACGAUGCGGUGGCCAAGAUUGUUGCGCCAAAGAAGGAAGCUCUGGCCAGAGCUAUGGAGGAGUACACAACAGCCAUGGAUUCUCUGAACAAGAAGCGUGCGGCCCUGAAAGAGGUACAAGACCGCUUACGCAUCCUCACCGACGACUUGGAGCUUAACAAGCGAAAGAAAAUAGACUUAGAAAACAAGGUCGAUAUUUGUACGAUGAAACUGGAACGGCGCCGAACACUGAUCGGUGGUCUUGGUGGUGAGAAGUCACGAUGGACAGAAGCGGCCAAAAAUUUGGGUGGACAAUAUGUCAAUCUAUCCCGAGACGUGCUUGUUUCAAGUGGUGUGGUAGCCUACCUCGGUGCUUUCACAUCUUCAUUUCGACAAGACCAAAUCAAAGAAUGGCUUCAGGCUGUAAGAGACAGUGCCAUUCCUUGCUCCACAGUUUUCAGUUUGGUCAACACCUUAGGUAAUCCGGUGGAGAUUCGAGCCUGGAAUAUAGCUGGACUGCCAACGGAUGAUUUCUCGGUGGAGAACGGGAUUAUCAUUGCUAAUGCACGCCGAUGGCCUCUGAUGAUUGAUCCGACGAGUCAAGCGAACAGAUGGGUGAAGAAUAUGGAGAAGAAGAACAAUUUGCAAGUGAUCAAAUUCACGGACAGUGAUUUUGUACGAACUCUGGAGAACUGUAUACAAUUUGGCACUCCAGUUUUGCUGGAGGGCGUUGGCGAGGAGCUGGAUCCAAUCCUGGAACCGUUGCUCUUGAAACAGACGUUCAAACAAGGUGGUGCGUUGUGCAUCAAAUUGGGUGAUUCGGUGGUUGAAUACUCGAAUGAGUUUCGUUUCUAUAUGACUACAAAACUGAGAAAUCCUCAUUACCUACCCGAAACGGCUGUCAAAGUGACGCUCAUGAAUUUCAUGAUAACACAGGAAGGCUUACAAGAUCAGCUGUUAGGCAUUGUGGUUGCCCGAGAACGACCAGAGUUGGAAGACGAGAAGAACAAAUUAAUUCUUCAAGGGGCUGCGAAUAAGAAGAAACUAAAGGAAUUGGAGGAUCAAAUUCUCGGUGUGCUCUCUGCGUCCGAAGGCAAUAUUCUGGAAGAUGAGAGUGCCAUCAAAGUGCUAAAUUCCUCCAAAGAAUUAUCCAAUGAAAUAGCCGAAAAGCAGGCCUACUUCGAGGAGACCGAACAGAAAAUCGAUGCAGCUCGAUUAGGCUAUGUACCUAUUGCCGUGCAUUCGACAAUCCUAUUCUUUUCCAUAGCAGAUUUGGCCAAUAUCGACCCGAUGUAUCAGUACUCGCUUACCUGGUUCAUCAACCUUUUCAUUAUGGGUAUCGAUAAUUCCGAGAAAUCGGAGGACUUGGAUCAACGCCUGGCAAAUCUGCGAACGUACCUGACUUAUUCCUUGUACUGCAAUGUAUGUCGCUCUCUGUUUGAAAAGGACAAACUGCUGUUCUCCUUUCUGCUCGCGGUCAAUAUGAGCAGGCAUCGAGGAGAGUUGAAUGAACAGGAAUGGCGCUUUCUGCUAACUGGUGGUGUCGGAUUGGACAAUCCACACACGAACCCGGCUGAGUGGCUCCAGCCAAAGAGUUGGGAUGAACUGUGCCGAUUGGAAGAGGUGACCGUAUUCGGCGGAAUCCGUGAUCAUUUUAGAAAGAAUUUGGCCGCCUGGAAGUUAAUUUAUGACAGCGGAACCCCUCACCGCGAACCCCUGCCCAAAGGACUGGAACAUGUGAAAACUAAGCUACAGUUCAUGUGUCUUUUGAGAAUACUUAGACCCGAUAAAAUUGUUCCUGCAAUUCAAGAUUAUGUUGUCGAAAAUUUGGGCAAAACGUACAUUGAGCCACCGCCUUUUGAUCUGCCAGGAUCGUUUGCUGACUCAGCUUGCACCGUUCCCUUGCUUUUUGUCCUGUCUCCCGGUGCUGACCCAAUGGUUGCCUUGUUGAAAUUCGCCGAUGAUAUGGGAUUCGGUGGGAACAAGUUCGAAUCGUUAUCUUUGGGACAAGGUCAGGGACCGAUUGCCCUACGAAUGAUUGAGCGUGGUGUGAAGGAAGGCACAUGGGUGCUACUUCAAAACUGUCAUUUAGCCCCGAGCUGGAUGGAUAUGCUUGAGAAGACAGUUGAAGAUUUGAAUCCGGACACAACACAUCCAGAUUUCCGUCUCUGGUUAACCAGCUACCCGAGCAAAGAUUUUCCAGUUGCCAUACUGCAAAACGGAGUGAAAAUGACCAACGAACCUCCCAAAGGGUUGCGAUUCAAUCUGUGGCGUUCCUAUCUGAGUGAUCCCAUCUCAGAUCCGGAAUUUUUCCAAUCCUGUCCAAACGAACAUGCAUGGCGAAAAUUGCUAUUUGGUCUCGUGUUCUUCCAUGCGAUUGUUCAGGAACGGCGUAAAUUUGGCCCACUUGGGUGGAAUAGACCAUAUGAAUUCAACGAAACAGAUUUACGCAUUUCCGUGCAGCAGCUAUACAUAUUUUUGGAACAGUACAGAGUGAGUAUACUUUUUCUCUGA